ACCCGGAUAAGGAAAGACCGAGUUCACAGUGUGUGUAAGUGACGGGUGUAUUGGUAAAAGUAGAUAGUCAUACCAUCUACAUAUUACUGCAGGGACAAUUUUCGGGUGACAGGGAUGGAACCCAUCCAAUUGCUCCUUUGCAUCCUGCUGCUGUCGGCUAGCGGCAUUGGCGGACAAGAGGAUGGUAUACCGAGUGGAGACGAUCCAAUCAAUAAAGCUGCGUACACCACACGUGGAUAUUCUGGAACCACAAGUUCAGACAGACUUGGCGUUAUCAUGAGCCCUGGUUACCCUGGUAACUAUCCCAACAACUAUCGCUUCCGGUAUGACAUCUAUCUUGGAAAACAGGAGAGUGAUGUAGAAAUCAACUUUAAGAUCUUUGAUUUGGAGUACUGCAGCAACUGCGACUGCGAUUAUAUUGAAAUUGAGAACUACAAGCUAGCUAAACCGUUAAAAUAUUGCGGGGCUGCCCUUCCUAAUGGAGACGGUCAGGUGUUCUUGAAUAAUUUGGACGACUAUGUGUGGAUAACCUUCCAAUCGAAUUCUGACCAACGACGUCCUGGAUUUUAUGCGACUUACGAGGUCACCCAGAGAGCAGGCAAUGACUCAUUCCUGGUCGGAGGGUCAGUCUGCCCACCUGUUUCCUGUCCGUACUGUAACGUAGGGCAAACUCCAGAAUACGAUUAUACCGGUGUUUGCACCUAUUGCUUCUGUAGCAAGUACCGGGAUAACACCACCCCUUACUAUCCACAAACUAGCUUGUGCCCACCUGUCGUCUGCCCUGCGUGUCCGUAUGGCUUCCACCGACAUAUGGAUUACACAAGCUAUAAGUGCACUCAUUGCUACUGCGUUCACGAUCAACAAACAACAGUUAAUGGAACGUGGAUGCAGAAGACAACCAGCAGCUAUAAUCCCUGGUCUUACCUUAUGACCAGCCAUCGCCCCUGGCAAACAACUACGCAUCGCCCUUGGCAAACUACGAGUCAUCGGCCAUGGCAAACUACCAGUCAUCGUCCUUGGCGAACAACCAGCUAUCGUCCCUGGCUAACUACCAGUCAUCGUCCUUGGCAAACUACCAGUUAUCGUCCCUGGCAAACAACUAGUCAUCGUCCCUGGCAAACAACCAGUCAUCGUCCCUGGCAAACAACCAGUCAUCGUCCUUGGCGAACAACCAGUCAUCGUCCCUGGCAAACAACCAGUCAUCGUCCUUGGCGAACAACCAGCUAUCGUCCCUGGCUAACUACCAGUCAUCGUCCUUGGCAAACUACCAGUUAUCGUCCCUGGCAAACAACUAGUCAUCGUCCCUGGCAAACAACCAGUCAUCGUCCUUGGCGAACAACCAGCUAUCGUCCCUGGCUAACUACCAGUCAUCGACCCUGGGUCCCAGCUAGCACAACCUAUCCAUUGCGAUCUCAAACUGCUACACACUAUAUGUGGGAAACGACCACCGCUUCAUACGAUUAUGAUUGCGGCCCAAGUUACUUCCGAAACCGCAGUGGAGUAAUAAUGUCCCCAGGAGUUCCUGGACACGCCUACCCUAACAACAGAGACUGUCGCUACGACAUUGAUCUUGGCGGUGUGCCAGGCUCUCGUAAAACGGUGGCGCUUACAUUUAAUUUUUUCGACCUGGAGACGUGCUCGUCUUGUACGUGUGACUCUCUCACUAUUAGUUCUGAGGAAACCGAUCAUCUGCGCAUGUGUGACGGUUCCAUGGUCAACACGUCUCGGACCUAUUACGUUCAUAAGUCAAGCGACAUUUUGAAGUUGCACUUUACCACGGAUUCCUCUGUUGUAAGAUCCGGAUUCUCCGUGAACUACGAGGUGUUGAGUUCUGAGGUCAGUGACACCUGCGGUAGUGAUACCUGCUCUACUUGCAAUGGCCUAAUCCAUCAGGAUUAUUUCGGCUGCUGUAUUUGUUCAGACAGACAUUAUGAAACUACCACGUCACGCUAUUACAUGACAUCAACUAGGGCUUACUCCAACAGCCUGUUACUUCAGAUGCUGAACAAUAUAGUGCAUCACGCACGAAUGGUGGAACAAUACGCUAGUGAUUUGGAAAACGAGGCUAAUAAUGCCAAGAACCUGGUCGCCAAUAGCUUUGGUUGAUGGACUGACAAACAUUGUCUCCAGUUUGAAGACUCUUUGCUUGUUUGUAGCCUAGUCCAGAGAGUAGAAAAUAACUGGUUUAAUUUACUUGCCUGCCAUUAAGAUUUCCCUGGCAUAGAGUUAGAACUUAUUACCGCUGUGUAUAUAUUUCAACAUAUGGACAACGGAGUCCAUAUUUGACACUAUUAGAAGCUUUGGAAAUGGCUUGAUUUACUUAACAUUUUACUUACUCGGGGCGUAGAUUAUUAGAGUAGAAUCCCUCUAUGACAAUCCUUUAAAAAGCUUACCACCAAUAUUGACAUUUUUUGCCCUCUGUGUAGUGCUGCUUUGGACUGCUUUGGAUUUUGAUUAAGGGCUCAUUUAGUAGUAUAUUCUACAAUGAAAACAAAUUACGCUAAUUGACUGGUGUUUGUAAAAAGAAUAUCGAGAAAUUUUACCUCAUCAAAAUCUAAAUGAAAAAGAAACUUAACCUUCAUCAUUAUAAAACAGAAAAAAAUCAUCAAAGAAUGGAGAAAUUUGCUCAGUACAAGGGCCGUAAGGCAGGAAAAUCAACGUAAAAUGAAAAUAAAAACGUAUGUCCCGGCAGUAUAAGCGUCUCGUUCAUCGACGACACUCAUCAAGAAAAAAACUUUAACUUUAACCUUUGGCUAAACAUGAGGGGCUGGGUACAAAUGUUGUUAGUCGAUGCGAAAACAUGUAUUAAGACAAACGGGUUUAUCUCUGAAUAUUUUGACAUAUCAAGAUCUGCUAGACAGGGGUGCCUAAUCGCACCAAUUUUGUAUAUUUUACAAGCCGAACCGUUAACGUGCUCAAUUCGUGAGAGUAAUAACAUAAAAGGAAUAAUACUGCCAGGUCAAAUUGAAAUAAAGCUAAAUCUGUUUGCGGAUGACACCCAACUAUUUAUUAAAGAUGAAACUUCAAUAGCGGAAUCAUUCAAACUUUUAGGAGAAUACGAAAAGGUUUCUGGGUCUAAAGUAAAUUUACAAAAAAAACACCGGAAUUUAUCUUGGACGAUAGAAAGAUAAUAUACCUAGAUUUACAGCAAUAAAUUGGACACGAUCAAAUAUUAAAACACUAGGUGUACAUCAUGGGCACGCAAUCGAUGACGAUGCAAUAUGGAGGGAACAAAUAAAAAAGAUUAAUAGUUGCGUGUAGGUAUGGAAAACAAGAAAUCUCUCAAUGUUCGAAAAAAAUUGUAAUUAUCAAAUUAUUCAUCAUAUCUAAGAUUUGUUUCGAAAUAGACGCUCAUGGCAUUCCUGAAAAACAUUUGAAAGAACUGAACUUUAUUAUAUGGAAAUUUGUAUGGAAUGGGAAGGUGGAAAUGAUUCAUUCAAAUGAACGUAACAUCAUCCGUUCACACAAAGCUAAUGGAGGGAUGGAAAUUAUGGAUGUUACAUUUUUUACAUUACGGAAACAAAUAAAAUUGAUUUACAAAAUUAUGAAAACUGGCAAAGAUACAUGGAAUGCAAUAGCACAACACUGACUGCAAUUAUUUGACGAAAGAUAUCAAAUGAAUUAUUUUCUAUGCAAAUGUUCCGAUUUAAGUUUGUUGGAUCUUACACAUAUGCCUCAAUUUAAAAAAAAUCUUUUAACAGUAUGGUCGACGUUUUUACGAUUCAAUAAACCUAGAAACAAACGGGAAAUUUUGGAACAAGAAUUAUUUGGAAAUCAUAUGAUUGUAUUUAAUAGAAAACCACUCUUCUUUAGU